UCCAAACCAGAUUAACGUACUUAGCUUGUCAAGUGCACUAUGACGCAUUCACGAGAAAAGUGGCUUAUAAAAGCAGUUCACAACUCGACAGAGCUUCACACAAGUUGUUGGACGAGACAUCAAGACUUGCCUAUACAGGAAACCUUGGCUAGAAAAAACCUCGAAAUUGUCGCCAACAUUUUGAGUUCUAUACAACGUUCGCUACUUAUUGUCCGUACUCAGAAAUCAGAAUGACAUCAAUUCAGAUGUUAGUUUGUGUGGUGUUGCUCUUACAAACGGUUUGGGCAGCGACCAGAACAUCGACCGGAACAUCGAUCAGAACAUCAAGUCAGUCCUAUGGUCAGUCUCGAUGUGAACCGCUGAAAAUUAAGGUACGUUCUUCAUAAUCCUUUUUACAAAAUAUUAAGUGGACGCUAAGGGUAAAACACCAGUUGGAAUUUACGUCAACUCACUUCGCUUUUACUACAUCGGUCUCUAACGUUUACAGAAUUAGUCAGCCCUCUGGGUUCUAGUCAGUCCGCAACGCAAGACCUGCUGGUUAAGUUGCUCUAUUUUUUUGACAGUAAUGUGAAUUUUUUGCGCAUUUCAGCCACUUAUUAACAAAGCAUUCUAAACAUUUGCACCAUGUAGUUUAAAUUACGUGCGUGCUUUGCAACGCGUCGUUAACCGCGAAAUAGUGUCAAAUAAUUUUACUGGAAUUGAAUCCAACAUUAAAUAUUUACUUAAAGAUCUUUCCAUUAUCAUUGCGCUAAUUACAGUCGCAAUCCUUGCCUAGAAAACUUUUAUUUUAUAAACGCAGCCGAGCCUUCCCAGUUUGUUUGGUCAUUGCAUGCCGACUAGCUUUCUAAACCGGCGCCAAAUUUUAUAAGGCGCGCUUGUUAUAGAUUGCGGUUUCGUUGAUUGUCAUUUUGCGGUUUUUGAUGAGUCUGUAUAAACACUCUCUUAAAAUCUGCAUUAACUGUUAAAAUCGUCUAGCAAGUGUGUUGGUGGCAUAGUAAAGCAGCUGUGAUCGAGCUAUUUAAUGGACCUUAAGGCUUAACUGGACCUCUAGAAAGGGAUGAUCCUUACAGGACCUCUAGGGAGAAGAGUUUAAUUAGAACUGAUAGAGUAUAAAUAAAUAAAUAAAGAUAGUUUAGUUUAGUUUAUAGUUUCAGUUCAUAAAUAUCUUUACCAAACAACUCAAAAUCUAUAUUCGUUUCUUCUAGAUUUGCCAGAAACUCAACUACAACAAAACAGUGUUUCCAAACUUUGCAGGGCACCGAAGCCAAUGGGAAGCCAAUCAAUAUAUCUCAUCUUUUGUCCCACUCCUUAACUCCGGGUGUUCCCCAGAUCUGCUACACCUCAUCUGCUCAUAUUAUGCUCCGGUAAGUGAAAAAAAUAAUUUUACUCUCAACGUCUUUUCCCAUGCAAACUUAGAUCAUAGUCUGUCAAGAUAGGAUGGACAGAAGUCAUGUUAUUAUGUUUUUGCUUAAGUUUAUGUUAAUUUAUGCACAUGCAGUCAUGGUGACUUACACAGGGUUCGUAGUCUCCAAGACCAAAAAUAUUAAAGACUUUCAAAGAUUUUUUCUGCCUAUUUUCAAAGUCUUUUCAAAGACCUUUGAGAGCAAUCAGCUGUCGAAAAAUUGCGAGUGUAAGCACCAUUUUUACCAGGCAAUUAGUCCCGUCAAAUCACAUCCUAAAAUGCACCUUUUCGUCGAAAUUUGCGAAAAUCUUGCUUCAAUCAAUCUAUUUUAUCAGCUAGGAAAUCGUAUGAUCAAAUACUCACUAAAGAAUUUAAAGACGUUUAAAGACUUUCUUCGCUUUUUCACACAAUUCAAAGACUUUUUAAAGACCUUAAAGACCUGAAUUCAAAUUUAAAGACUUUCAAGGAUUAAAAAACUCAUUAAUAAUUCAUGAAGAAAACACAAAGAAAAAUCAUAAGCGUGUCGUAUCUGAAUAUGUGAUACAGAUUCAUGUUGAUUUACAUAAACUUUAACUUUGAUUUUCUCGGCUUAUACAACGUUUAUUUUUAAAAUUACUUCGCCAAUAAGCUCAUGAGAUGAGUCGUUUUUUCGCGUCCGUGUUGUAUCGGAUAUACAAACCCGAUACAACACGGCCGCUCAUGUUGUAAAUAGUACUUUCAAAGACCGCUACGAACCCUGCUACAUCAAUACACCACAGGUCUAAUAAUAGCAGGGAAGUCUGCGUGUAGUCUUGGUCUACCAAUGUCUAAGACUAAUGAAUGUUUCAAGCUUUCGCGCACUUAAACACCGGUUAUAGUUACAACACAAAAAAAGAGAUUAAUUGAUCAAACUUGAUAUCCUUAACAAAUAUACUGAUGGGUUAAUUUGUAUCUUGACAACAUGUUUCCUGUUAACCAGAAACUGUAAUAAGCUCUUCUAGCACUGAAAGUAGCACGUCAGCAAGUCACAACAACACACCACAGUGCGCUCUGUAUAUACUGGAGCAAAUAUUUCUGUCAUUCUGCCUAUGUGAAAAGUGAAGUCAAGGUGGCGGGCAUUGACGUCCAAAAGCUCCGAAGCUCGUAAACAGUUUAAUUCUAGUUUUUUCUAACGGACCGAAUCGCUAAACAAGUGUCAAGUUAUUAUUUUAUAAAACCAUAGAUUUAUUCUUUAAAUCGAAGUCAAAAUACGAUAUUUCGGCACAAUUCGUGCAGACCGCGAAAAAAGGGAGGCUUCACUUUUCAACGGGACUCAAGUUCUUACUCCAGACAUAAAUGGAGCUCAGUGCAGCAGAAUGUUGCGCUAUCCAGACAUAAAUUCGAGAGUUCUAAAUGAUAUUCUCUGUUGCUAGGUCUGCACAUCGUAUCGUAUAAUGGUCCAUCCUUGCCGCAGUUUAUGCAAGAGAGUGAGAGAUGAUUGUACUCCUACAAUAAUCAAACUCUACGGCAAAGCUGAUUGGCCGAAAGAAUUGGAUUGCAAAAAAUUUCCCAGAAGAAAGAAUGCGGUGUGUUUUGGACGGCCGCGCACACGCAAGAGCGCAAAGAGUCUCAACUUCUUUUAAAUUAUAACGAAUUUGCAUUCUCGUACAUAGAGCUUAUAGUAUUUUAUUGUAUGGUGUAGUAUAGUAUAGUAUUGGAAUAUACUAUGUAAGGCGAAAGAGAUACGUUCUAUAUUGUAUCGUAGAGACUCGAAAGGGGUGUGGCCAGUGCAGUGGCAAUAAUAAGAAAGUUUUUGGAUUGAUACAACUACAUGAGGAAUACAAGUAGAACUUCGACGUUUCGCUCGAACAGACCGCAAAGAGCCUUCGCUCGAAACGUCCAAGUUCUCCUUGUAUUUUUCAGGUAGUUGAAUAUCCCUGUCAAUCCAAAGCUAUCGUAGAGACUAACAAUCAUUCUUCACAACAGUGCAUGCAAAUGAUACGAACCUUAAAAAGACCCGAGCAUUACGAAUCGGGAGUUAGACACACAAUAGAUAGAAAAAUUAAAUUAUAGAGUAUUAUAUUAUUAUGCUACAGACUCAAAAGAGCUGCAUUCUUUCAAAGGCGCAACUAGAGACACACAUCAAAGGCAAAAGGAAUUGAACUCAAAAACUUCAGCAAUUCUGAUUUACAGUAAAGAGAUUUAGUAGCUUAAAUGUGAAUAUUAAUCGUAUUUUCUAAGGCAUUAUUAGAGAUCUAAUCAGCCAGCGCGCGUCUUUGCCAGCCAUUCCAUUCCCAAAAAUAUCAAGGAAAUAUUCUUAAAAUCGAUCGAUUUUCAGUUUUGAUUUUUGGGAAAAGUAUUUGAAGAACACCACGGUUCUACGCUCACAUUAUCAGAACAGUUGUGACUAGGCAUGCGAGGUCUCCUGAAAAUGUGAGAUGAGUCGUAAUUGGCACAGACAUGCGUUAAUUGAUGAGGUCUAUAUGGCAAGCCUGUCAAACUGCAUAGCAGUACAACUCUAAUUUUGGUAAAAAAAUUGUUGAAAUCUUUUAAAUUGCUUUAACUAGUACUGUACUUCGAAUAUUUAUAGCAAUUAAAAACUUAUCAAAACUUAUCAAUCGUGAGUUAUCUGUUGUUUAUAGUGUGUAGUUAGGAAAUCAAUUAUAGUCGCAUCAAUCGUCUACAACAACAGACCUUGAUAAUAAUAAUGAUAAUCAAAAGACAAGUGCCGCCUGAAUAGAACCUUAAUCCCCUUCUUUUUUUUCUCUCGUUAUACUUUACGAUAUGUUCCCAUUGACAUGAGUGAAUCGUAAGUGUUGUUUUCAUAGACAAUGUUUGCGGGCGUUCGUUUGAAGAAGCCGUCGUUCUGGACUAAUCUUGGUCUGUCUCAAUGCAGGGAAUGCGAAUAAAAAGAAAGCUGUGGAUUAAUAUAGGGAUGCAUGAACUACCUGGAAAAAUACAUAUUUUCUGGUAGUUGUAACAGGGUUCGUAUAGUCUCCAAGACCAAAAAUAUUCAAAGACUUUCAAAGAUUUUUUCUGCCUAUUUUCAAAGACUUUUCAAAGACCUUUGAGAGCAAUCAGCUGUCGAAAAAUUGCGAGUGUAUAAGCACCAUUCUUGCCCAGUAAUUAGUCCCGCCACAUCACAUCUAAAAUUGUACCUUUCCGUCGAUAUUUGCGAAAACCUUACUUGCUCUUCAAUCAAUCUAUUUUCUUAGCUAGGAAAUUGUAUAAUCAAAUACUUACUAAAGAAUUUUCAAGAUUUUUAAAGACUUUCUUCGCUUUUUCACAC